GCCUUCCUGUGUGCAGCCACCUCCAGCUGGUGUAACUGACCUUUUAGGUUUUCUUCUUUAUGAUGUAAGGAUUCUCCAUAUAUAUGGUGUUGAUGUUUAGGAUCAUGGUGAAUGAGAAGUUUGUGCAAGUGGAUACUUAUAUUCACACAUGCUGCAGGAAGUGCAUGUAUAUGUACGUGUGUAGAGAAUUUGAGAAUAAACAGAAAACAUGAGACGUUUCAAACCACAAAUUGAGGCCUAAGCCUGUGUUGCUAGUCUGUGUCCUGUUCUACCACAGAAACUGCAUGAAUGAUGACAAACAUACUUCACAUAUUGAACCUAGUCUGUUGUCAUUAAUAGAACAUUUAAUGUCUUGUACUAUAAACAUUACAAGACAUGCCUAAUUAUUUGUACAUAGAGUAUUCUGACAAAUCUCCAUUAAAACCAUUUCAAUGCUUUGGAAAAACCCGAUAACAUAGACUUUGACAGCAAACGUUUGUUCACUGCUCACCUGUCGUGAUUCCGCCAUCUUGACAUCCUCUUUGUGAUCAAGUUGAUGAGGGAAAUGUGUUAGGACCGUGAAAAGUGUUGUCGAUAGCAGUUUCCAUCUGACUCAGUGCUGAGGAGAAGCAAAAUGGGUUUCCUGUCUGCAACUUACUUUGUUGUAUGAGAGGAAGCCAUCUGUAGCCAUGUCUGGACCUCAGCCACCUUCAUCACAACAGCAACAGGUCAAACGCCAGAAGGCCGCUGGUGGAUGUCGGGUCAAAGUUUACCUACACGCCGUGACUGAUGCACAGGCUGCACUUCUUACAGAUGUGGGAAGUAAACGUCCACUUGAAGAGAUCAGUAAGAAGACAGGCACUGAUAUAGAGUUCUACCCAGACACCUCACCUGUACCAGGUAUGAAGAUUGUCAUCAUCCGCGGUGUCCCAUCUCAGAUCGAGAUGGUUGUCAGACUCAUCCUUCAGGUGACUGGUGCUCAGGACACACUGUCAGCACAAGCCCAGACAUUCUGGCUCCAGUGGGUUGAGGCCGCGUACCCUGACCUCGAGUCUCGCGCCUACUUCCUGCCUCCUGUCUACUUCAACCGCGUGCCGAUGACUACACAGACCGUUGCUGGUCAGGAUGUCAUGGUUAUUGACUCCACAUCUGAAAAAGCUAGUAAAGGAAGUGGUCUUCUAAAAAAACUAGAAUCUUUACUGAAGUCAUCCAAAAGACAUGAACCACAACAUCAAGCUGUAUUACCUUCAAACACUCCGGUGAUGACUCCAUCACAAACAGCUGAGACUUCCAUUUCUCACAUUGGUACAACCCAGGGCAGUGACAUUAGACAUGACACAGCCAUGAAACAAGUUCUCUUAUGUCUUCAGAGUUUGUCAGAAAAGAAAGGAGAAGUGUUAGUUGGAAUCACUCGGCUUGACUUUGGACAAUAUCUGAAUGAACCUUGUUUUUCUGUGGCGGCUGCCCAGUUACCCCGAGCCUCCAGCCUGCCUCCUGACUUGCCACAGAACUGGAAACAGGGAAAAUUUGAUGUGCUUCUUAUUCACCGACAUUACGGUCUUGUCGUCUGCAAUGUGAUGUCGUUCGGUGACAUGACAAACGACCUUAAAAUGUCACAGGAGGAUAUUGUCAAGACCAUCAGAAAGAAGCUGAGAGACGCCGUGUCACAGCUGAACAAAGCGGAGGCCAUGUUGUCUCACCUGGUGUCUGAUGUCUGUCCCGGUCUGCGCAUCACCAAGACCAUCGCCGUCCCUAACCUCACGACUGACCAGGUACAGCAGGCCAUCUCUCACGACUCACAACUCACUGAGGACCUGCAUUGCUGUCUAAAAACUACUGACCCCGCCGACAUCGCUGGUAUGUGUCUGUGCUGUGAUCAGCUGUGUGACCCCAAGACCCCGUGUGACGUCAGUAGUCACGUGUUAAAGAAACUCGGCAAAUGGUGGACACGACGUGUGGCUGUGUCUGGGCCUGACAGUCACAUGACACGUCACGUGUACAAGACACUAGUAGCACGGUUCUGUGGUCCGGCGACAACAGUGACUGUGCCAUGCACAUGUCCUCCACGUGUGAACUGA